CUGCACUACGGAACCCUCAUGGGCAGCAGAGCUUGUGCCAAAAUGGCAGCAGCUGCCUGGGCCAGUGGUUUUCUCAAUGCUGUCCUGCACACUGCUAAUACAUUUUCAAUACCACUUUGCCAAGGCAAUGCCCUAGGCCAGUUCUUCUGUGAAGUUCCCCAGAUCCUCAAGCUCUCCUGCUCAGACUCCUACCUCAGGAAAGCUGGGGUUAUUGUGGUUGGUGCCUGUUUAGCUUCAGGGUGUUUCAUGUUCAUUGUGGUGUCCUACGUGCAGAUCUUCACUGCUGUGCUGAGGAUCCCCUCUGAGCAGGGCCGGCACAAAGCCUUUUCCAUGUGCCUCCCGCACCUGGCCGUGGUCUCCCUGUUUGUCAGCACCUCAUUUUUUGCCUACCUGAAGCCCCCCUCCCUCUCCUCCCCAUCUCUGGAUCUGGUGGUGGCUGUUCUGUACUCGGUGGUGCCUCCACAGCUGCUGUGCCCUGCAGAGGGGCUGAUGCGGUCCAUGGCCAGCUCCAUCCUCCUGCAGCUCCCUGUAUCCCGAUGGAGGGGAAAAGGCCAGCCUUGCAUGGCCUCUCUUCUGUACCAGAAACCAGCAGAUGCUGAAGCAUAG